UCGCUGGUUUGGCCGCAUGCCCACUUGUUUGAGCGCUACUCGUUGAUUUCGCCGUAGCGAGUGGCAACAGCUGAUCGCAAUUAGAUAAUAGUAUAGAAUAGUAUUCCCCAAAAUUAACAUGGCUCUGAGAUUUGUGGCCCAGUCAUGCAGAUCCUUGCUGCAGCGUGGCGAUCGGCCUUUGUCCUGGACCCGUGCCCUCGCUCAUUAUCCCGUCAACGAUGCGAUGUUUGGUCUGGAUGAGGAUCGCCAAAAGUUGCGGGAAGUUGCAUUCAAUUUCUUCCAGAAGGAACUGGCGCCUUUGGCCAAGGAAAUCGACAAACUGGAUAACUUCAAGGACAUGCGCCCUUUCUGGAAGAAACUGGGUGAUCUCGGCUUUCUGGGCAUCACUGCGGAGCCGGAUUUUGGUGGCACUGGGGGCAGCUAUUUAGACCACUGCAUUAUCAUGGAGGAAUUCUCCCGUGCUGCUGGAGGCGUGGCCUUAUCCUACGGAGCACACUCCAAUCUGUGCAUCAAUCAGCUGACCAAGAACGGCACCCUCGAGCAGAAGGAGAAGUAUCUUCCCAAACUGUGCAGUGGCGAGCACGUUGGAGGACUGGCCAUGUCCGAACCGGGCGCUGGAUCCGAUGUAGUAUCCAUGAAGCUGCGUGCCGAGCGCAAAGGAGACUACUAUGUACUGAACGGAUCAAAGUUCUGGAUCACAAAUGGAUCUGAUGCAGAUACUUUAAUAGUCUAUGCCAAGACAGGCGGCAGUGGUGUUCCGGACAAGCAUGGCAUUACCGCUUUUAUUGUCGAAACCGCUUGGGAAGGCUUCAGUGUGGCCCAAAAGCUGGACAAGCUAGGCAUGCGGGGCAGCAGCACCUGUGAACUGGUCUUUCAGGAUCUGAAGGUGCCUGCCAAGAACAUUCUGGGCCAAGAGAACAGAGGCGUAUAUGUACUAAUGUCGGGAUUGGACUUUGAACGACUUGUGCUGGCCGCCGGACCCGUGGGUCUGAUGCAGGCCGCCUGCGACGUGGCUUUCGACUAUGCCCACCAGCGCAAGCAGAUGAACAAGUUGAUUGGAGAGUUCCAGCUGCUGCAAGGAAAGAUGGCUGAUAUGUACACCACACUGAGUGCGUGCAGGAGCUAUUUGUACACGGUGGCCAGAUCCUGUGACGCCGGCAAUCGCAGUCCCAAAGAUUGCGCUGGCGUUAUUCUCUACACCGCCGAGAAGGCCACCCAGGUGGCUCUCGAUGCCAUUCAGAUCCUCGGUGGCAAUGGUUACAUUAACGAGAAUCCCACUGGCCGCAUCCUCCGAGAUGCCAAGCUGUACGAGAUCGGCGCGGGAACCUCCGAGAUCAGACGGUGGCUGAUUGGUCGCCAGCUCAACCAGGAGUACAAGUAAAUAGAGUACCUACUCUUUUUCCAAUGUAACCCAGAAUCGUAUUUAUGGUUUGACAACUGUGGCAAUGACGUGGAGCAACUCUACUACCUGACAGACUAAAUGUUGCAUUUAUUUUUGAAGAUUUAUAAAAUCUGUAUGUUUUAUCAAUGUUUAUAUGUGCCUUAAUAAAAGAAGUAACCAUUA